AACAAUUGUAUGGUCUCAGUAAGGUAAGGCAAAAUAUGGCUUCGUCUCCAAAGAUAGGCAUCGGAAUUGGCUCCGUGUCGACUCACCGAGUCGCCGCCGCGUCAUCCGCCCUCUCUCCUCCGCCUCACCUCUUCUUCCUCACUACUUCUAGACGUCGCGACGCCUCCUUCAUCCUCCGCCAACAAACCCGAACUCGCUCCGAUUCCUACCGCCUCCGAGUCUCCGCCGCCAAUUCGCCGUCUUCUUCAGGAGAGAUUAUCGAGAACGUAGUGAUUAUAGGCUCCGGUCCCGCCGGAUACACGGCCGCAAUAUACGCGGCGCGCGCUAAUUUGAAGCCGGUGGUUUUCGAAGGGUAUCAGAUGGGCGGAGUUCCCGGCGGACAAUUGAUGACAACCACCGAGGUUGAGAAUUUCCCGGGAUUCCCCGAGGGGAUUACGGGUCCGGAUUUAAUGGAGAGAAUGAGGAAGCAAGCUGAGCGGUGGGGAGCAGAGUUGUAUCCAGAAGAUGUGGAAUCUCUUAGUGUCAAAACCGCUCCCUUUACUGUGCAAAGUAGUGAACGUAAGGUCAAGUGCCAUAGUAUCAUUUAUGCCACUGGAGCUACAGCAAAGAGGCUGGGGCUACCUCGAGAGGAAGAAUUCUGGAGUAGGGGAAUUAGUGCUUGUGCAAUCUGUGAUGGAGCUUCGCCUUUGUUCAAGGGGCAAGUACUCGCGGUGGUUGGAGGAGGAGAUACGGCGACAGAGGAAGCUUUGUACCUCACAAAAUAUGCUCGUCAUGUUCAUUUGCUUGUUCGCAGAGGCCAGUUGAGAGCAUCCAAGGCUAUGCAAGAUAGAGUGAUCAACAAUCCAAACAUCACAGUGCAUUACAACACGGAAACGGUGGACGUAUUGAGCAACACCAAGGGACAGAUGUCUGGCAUUCUACUCAGAAGACUUGAUACCGGAGAAGAAACUGAGCUGGAGGCGAAAGGAUUGUUUUAUGGAAUAGGGCAUUCGCCAAACAGUCAGUUGUUGGAAGGCCAAGUCGAACUUGACAGUUCGGGGUACGUGUUGGUUCGAGAAGGAUCAUCGAAUACAUCAGUGGAAGGUGUAUUUGCUGCAGGAGACGUACAGGACCAUGAAUGGAGACAAGCUGUAACUGCUGCUGGAUCAGGAUGCAUAGCUGCUUUGUCAGCCGAGAGAUACCUCACAAGUAACAAUCUUCUUGUUGAAUUUCACCAGCCGCAAACUGAAGAGGCCAAGAAAGAAUUCACACAGCGCGAUGUCCAAGAAAAGUUUGACAUCACUUCUACAAAGCAUCGGGGACAGUAUGCUCUUAGAAAAUUAUACCAUGAGAGUCCAAGAGUUAUAUGUGUAUUAUACACUUCACCAACAUGUGGCCCCUGUAGAACUCUGAAGCCUAUUUUGAACAAGGUGGUCGAUGAGUAUCACGAUGAUGUGCACUUUGUUGAGAUUGACAUCGAGGAAGAUCAAGAAAUUGCUGAAGCAGCCGGAAUCAUGGGAACGCCAUGUGUACAGUUCUUCAAGAACAAGGAAAUGCUCAGGACUAUAUCGGGUGUGAAGAUGAAGAAAGAGUACCGGGAAUUCAUCGAGGCAAAUAAAUAAGGACACCAGAUAGAUUUGAUUGUUUCUGGCAGAUGCCAAAUCCUAAUAUCAUGAUUCAGUUUUGUUCAUUCAAAUACUUUGGAGUAACUGGAGCAACGCCAUUGAAUCUCAAAUAGAAACAUCAUCUUAAGCUGCA